AUGUCAGUCGAGGACGCAUUUGGUGACAUUCGGCUCCGUGUUUCAAAGAUUCUUGGAAUCAAGACCGCUCACCAUGUCAUCCUCCACCCAUCUGGAACAGAUGCUGAACUUACUGCGUUGCUGGCAGGGGUCAAUCAGGCACGUCAGCUCGGGUGUUCUGGGGUAGUAAACAUAGUGGUUGGCGCCAAAGAGGUUGGCUCGAACACGGCUACGGCGGCCGGCGGCAAGCAUUUCAGCAAACAUUUUCCUGUCAGCUCCACCAACAACCCCGAGGACGAGGCAGCGCAAGGUGGUAAUAUGUUCUCGCCUGUGGCAGUCAGUGCAAAUGGCAUCGAGAAUGGAAUCCAAGUGGUUGAAAUUGCUGCCAGGUUGGACGAUGGGUCCAUGGUACCGAACUUCGACGCCCUCGUGCUUCAAACAAUGGAAAACGCCACUUUGUCUUGCAAGUCAAGCGGGGAAUCAGGGCCCUUUUUUGUCCUCCAUGUUGUGGAUGGCUCAAAGCUUGGUUCUCACAUCACAAGCCGGUCUUUACUUAAGAGGAUCACUUGCCAAUACGGGGACCGCGUACUGUUCGUGCUCGAUGCGUGCCAGGCAAGAACGAGCACGGGGGAAUUGGAUUGGUACUUAGCGCGGAAUGCGGUAGUGUUAAUGACCGCAAGCAAGUUCUAUGGAGCGCCCGGAUUCUGCGCCGCAGCGUUGGUACCACAUAAGAUCGCCAUGGCGGGCCUUUUCAUCGACACAGAACCCAGGGAACCGGGGCGACCCGCAGUGGUGUCGCACAACUUGGGCAAAUAUAUCACAAAGCUGGAGGUUCCGCGCGAUCUCGAGGCCCUGCGAGCGACUCUCCCCGCCAGACCAGAAAAUGUUGGGCUAUUGCUCCGAUGGUCCUGUGGUGUGUUCGAAAUGGACCGGUUUGCAAAAGCUGGACAAAAAGGCCAACAAGUAAUUGCUUGGUGGGUUGACGGUGUGAGAGCUGUAGUUCGUAGCAAGAGGCCACACGUGCUGCUGUUGCGGGAUACCGGAUGCGAGAAGGACGAAACUGUACCGUUUCCGGCUGCGGAUACGUUUGUGGGUUGUGUUAACUCUAUCGUCAGCUUCUGCGUCAUUACUGGGGCGAGCAAAGGAGAUGGAACUCCCGUGAAAGCGCCAUCCACAAUGAGUGCUGUAGAUCUGCGACGGUUUCACAGGUGGCUGACAAUUGACAUGGAGGGCGUGUUGCCAGAGGCGGCAACCGAUGACGAGCGCCGGACGGCAAGACUGAGAUGCUUCAUUGGCCAGCCGGUGGACCUUGGCAAACUCGCUGUGCUUCGACUCGCUAUCAGCGCAUCGCUAGCGAGCGACCUAGCGGACGGUAGCCGGAGGCUUGAUGAGGUGCUGGCAGAUGAUGGCAGAGUACUGGAUAAAAUUUUGCUAGUUAAAAAGUACUAUGGAGAGUUUUGUGCUUGGGAUGCAGGAGAACUUUAA